UUGGAAUUCAACAGUGAGGUGCACUUCCUCCUUUAGACAGCAGGAGGCAGCAUUGCCUAGUUUACAGUAAUGUCCAUGAUAGCAGGGCACAACAAGGAGUUCCUUUCAAGUAGACUUUAAGCUAGUUCAGUGACGAUCGCAAACGUUUUCAUCUGCUCGAAUCUCAUGCCAAACAAAGUAUCAUCGUUUACCCUUUUUAGGGUCAAUAAACCUGUGGACAAGAAGACGUUUUUCAGAGUGUUUGAUCAAGAAAAGGUGUUAGGGUAAAGCCAAGAUAUUUCUACAUAUCGAGGGCGGCACAGUAAACGAUGACUUUAACGCAGAAGAUAAGACAGCAUACACAAGAACAAACAAUGGAUUGCACAGAAAGCUCAUUACGGACAAAAUCUACCACUUCACGUGCUUCAACGAGGUCAAAAGCUUCCUCCACCGAGGCUGCAGCUACCAAAGCACGCGCAAAAGCAGAGGCAGCCAAAGUACGUCUGUCUUUUGCACAAAAAGAAAUGACACUCAAAGUGGAAAAAGCACAACUAGAAGCUAAGAUGGACAUGCUCUUACUGGAGCAGGACGCAGCAGCUGCACUCGCCAAAGCGGAGGUCUUGGAAGCCGCUGUGGAAGGAAGUGAUCGAAGCAGCUCCUAUCUUCACAUCAAGCAGUUGUUUGAACAUUCAGUUGACACAUUAGAGCGCACAAAAGAAUACAUAGCCACUCAGGCCCAAGAGCCAAGUCAAAUAAAAGUUGAAUCACCACACCAACAGCCAUCGUCAUGGAAUGAAACACAACAUUAUAAACCACCAGAUGUGAACUCCAUUCAACACUCACAUCUCCAGACAGAACACAAUAAACACAGAGUUGGGUUUGUUUCUACCCUACAACAAAUGACGACACCUUCACAGCCAGAAGUCACAUCAGUCAUCAGUCCAUCUUCAAACAACAUACGAGACAAUCACCAAGAUUACAAGUCAAGCUACAGUUCUCCUUUGCAUUCAAAGUCCAGCCGUACACCUUGUCAGCCUGUCUACGAUCAAGGGAAUGUGGCAGACUUCGCAAGAUAUCUAGCUCACCGUGAGCUAGUCACAACGAGUCUGAUAAAGUUCAGCGACCAGCCAUGCAGUUACAGGGCAUGGAAACAGUCCUUUGUGAACUCAGUCAGAGGCCUCAACAUAACGUCCAGUGAAGAAAUGGAUUUGUUGGUCACGUGGCUAGGGAAGGAGUCCGCUGAGCAUGCAAAACGCAUCAGGGCUGUCCAUGUCAACUCCCCUGACAAAGGCCUAAAAAGGAUAUGGGACAGACUGGAAACCUGUUACGGCGCACCCGAAAUGGUGGAGGAUUCACUCUUUAAACGGAUCCACAGCUUCCCUAAAAUCAUCAACAGAGACUAUUCAAAGCUCCAUGAGUUGAGUGAUUUUCUCAUAGAAUUGGAGGCAGCCAAGGAAGAUGGAGACCUGCCUGGCCUUGCAUAUUUGGACACAGCGCGUGGGAUAAACCCAUUAGUUCAAAAGUUACCAUUCAACCUCCAAGAAAAGUGGCUCAACGUUGGCACAAACUACAAAUUACAACACAAUGUAACAUUUCCCCCCUUUUAUGUUUUUGUUGACUUCAUUGGAAAACAAGCUAUAAUUAGGAAUGACCCAGGCUUCAAGUUUGCAGGUCAAAUUGACACCUCAAAAGCAGACAGAGUCCAAUGGAAGCAGAUCCAAAAUAGAGAAGUCUCAGUUCAUAAGAUCGAUUUCCAGUCUACUGCCCCUCCUAUUAAUGACAAGCAAUACUUUGAAGCUGAUGAUCCUGAGAAACAAUGCCCAAUUCAUAAAAAACCUCACAUGCUCCAUAAAUGUCGGGCCUUCCGUGCAAUGCCGUUGGAACAACGCAAGGAAUUCCUGAAAGAGAAUGGCAUAUGUUUUAAGUGUUGCACAUCCACUCAACAUAUAGCAAAAAACUGUAAAUGUAUUACCAAGUGCACUGAGUGUGAGAGCGCAAAGCACAUUUCUGCACUUCAUCCUGGACCUGCACCAUGGAUCCAGGUCCAAACCCCCCUGACACAGCUUUGCGGGGAGCAAGACUCAGGACCUUCAACUGAGGUCAGUGCUCGAUGUACAGAUGUAUGUGGUGGCGAUCAAAGCUACAAAUCCUGCUCAAAGAUCUGCCUUGUUAAAAUAUAUCCUAGCGGCCGUCCUGAGAAAUCCCUGAAAGUUUAUGCAAUCAUCGACGAGCAGAGUACCAAGUCCCUUGCUCGUUCAGAGUUCUUUGAGAUCUUCAACAUUCAAAGUCCUUCAUCUCCAUACACACUCCGAACCUGCUCGGGAGUGACGGAAACCACUGGGAGAAGAGCUUCAGGCUACAACAUUGAAUCCAUGGAUGGAAAAGUGUGCCUCACUUUACCAAGCCUCCUGGAAUGUGAUGAUCUACCUAACAACAGAUCAGAAAUCCCAACACCUAAUGCUGCAGCCAACCAUACUCACCUCAAAUCAGUUGCUAACCUCAUCCCAGAGCUGGAUCCUAACGCGUCCAUCAUGCUUCUCCUUGGGAGAGACAUCAUCUCUGUCCACAAAGUGCGCAAACAGGUUGAUGGGCCACGCGAUGGUCCCUAUGCUCAAAAACUUGACCUGGGAUGGGUGAUCGUUGGAAAUGUAUGCUUGGGAGGUGUUCACAAGCCGACCACAGUGAAUAACUUCAACACCAUUACAAUUGAACAAAGGCGUCCCACAGUCUUUACACCUUGUCCUAACGUGUUUCAAGUCAAGGAGAGACAUGGCCAGUUUCAAAACCCUGAAUACUCAAAGAUAACCUUCACAAAGAAAUGUAAGCAAAAUGACGUGGGCGCUACAGUGUUUCGGCAGACCAAAGAUGACAACAAAGUCGGUCCAUCCAUUGAUGACAUCACCUUCCUGCAAAUCAUGGAGAGGGAUUUGAAAAAGGACAUAACCAACAGCUGGGUAGCUCCGCUGCCAUUUAAGACUCCAAGGCCCAAGCUUCCUGACAACAAAGUUCAAGCCUUGAAGCGUUUUUCCUCUUUGAGACGCAACUUCGAAAGAAAACCAGUGAUGAAAGAGCACUUUUUUAGCUUCAUGGAAAAGAUCUUUCAAAAUGAACAUGCUGAAAUAGCCCCUCCACUCACAUCUAAUGAAGAAAGAUGGUAUUUACCAGCCUUUGGUGUUUACCAUCCCAAGAAACCUGGGAACAUCCGUGUGGUGUUUGACUCCAGCGCCCAAUACAACGGUGUGUCACUAAACGACGUGCUGUUAACUGGACCCGACCUCAACAACACCCUUAUAGGGGUACUCCUCAGGUUUCGCAAAGAAGCUGUAGCCAUAACAGCAGACAUUCAGCAGAUGUACCACUGUUUCUUAGUCAGAGAAGAAGACCGCAAUUAUCUCAGGUUUUUAUGGUUCAGAAACAACAACUCAUCUGAAGACAUCAUGGAAUACAGAAUGAGGGUCCAUGUCUUUGGAAAUUGUCCCUCUCCCGCAGUGGCCAUCUACUGUUUAAGACAGUCAGUGAAAAAUGCAGAGCCCGUUGUAAAGCAGUUUGUCAACCGUGACUUUUAUGUAGAUGACGGGCUAACGUCACUUCCCUCCGUCGAAGCUGCAGUGAAGCUGCUCAAGAGGACGCAAGAGGUUCUGUCAGACUCAAACUUGAGGCUUCACAAAAUCGCCUCAAAUAAAGGAGAAGUUAUGAACGCUUUCCCAUCUCAGGACCAUGCCAUCAACUUAAAGGACCUGGACUUCACUUCAGAUAUCUUGCCCAUGCAACGUAGUCUGGGACUUAACUGGGAUCUAAUGUCAGACACAUUUACCUUUCAAGUAGCUGAUGAGCAAAAGCCUUUCACCCGCAGAGGUGUCUUGUCAGCUGUCAACAGCAUCUAUGAUCCCCGAGGAUUUCUUGCCCCUGUCACCAUACAAGGCAAACUGAUCCUGCGUGAGCUCAUGGAGAACAACGGAGAUUGGGAUGCACCUCUUCCUCAAGAAAUGGAAGAGACAUGGUCAACGUGGCGAUGCUCAUUGAAAGAUCUCAGCAAUCUCCACAUCCCAAGAGUUUACACAAAGGCCUCUCCUACAGCGGUGUCAAAAAGAGAGAUAGUCAUCUUUUGUGACGCUUCCACAAAGGCAAUUGCAGCAGUUGCAUACUUAAAGAUAACAGAGAAAAAUGGAACCAACCACGUGGGCUUUCUCAUGGGAAAAGCCAAGCUUACGCCCUUGUCAGAACAAACUGUCCCUAGACUUGAGCUUUGUUCUGCAGCAGAGAUGGACAUGGAGGUUGACAUCACUUUCUACAGCGACAGCAAAAUCGUUCUUGGUUACAUCAGCAAUGAUACUAGACGUUUUUACGUGUAUGUAAGCAACCGAGUUCAACGGAUAAGAAGCUUUUCUCACCCUGAGCAAUGGAAACAUGUCUCCACUGAAGCAAACCCUGCAGACAUAGCCACAAGGUCUGUGUCAGCGAAACACCUGUCCAGUACCACCUGGCGUUGUGGACCAGCAUUCCUGAAGAACGCUCAGAAUGACCAGUUUCAAAAGGGCCCUUUUGAGUUGUCUGACCCCUCUUUGGAUACAGAGGUCCGCCCGCAUGUUUCAACAUUGAACACCACUGCAGUAAUCAAACACCUGGGUUCUCAACGCUUCUCCAAGUUCUCCAGUUGGAGAUCAUUGAUCCAUGCCAUUGCUCGUCUCACUCACAUUGCUCGCCUCUUUCAAAAGAAUCCUGCAGUAAAAGCUAACGGCUGCAAAGGCUGCCAUCAUUGCCACUCAGCAAAUGCUGUUGAGGAACUUGCACAUGCUAAGAAAACCAUCAUUCGUGCAGUUCAAGAAGACAUAUAUGCUCAAGAGUAUGCUUCCAUCAAAAAUGGUAAAGGGCUUUCCAAAGACAAUAAUCUCAAAGCCUUAGACCCUCUCAUUGAUGCCGAUGGUCUGCUAAAAAUUGGGGGUCGCAUAAAAGAAGCCGAACUCUCUUUGGAGGAGAAAUCGCCUCUCAUAAUCCCUGGCAAGCACCAUAUUUCCACGCUUCUGGUCAGGCACUACCAUCAGAAAAUACAACACCAGGGCAGAUUAUUCACUGAAGGUGCUUUAAGAGCUGCUGGAUUUUGGAUUGUUGGUGGUAAAAGACGAGUCAGCAGUGUGAUCUAUGGAUGUGUUAAAUGCCGCAAACUUCGCGCUUUGCCUCAGACUCAAAAGAUGGCUGAUCUUCCAGCUGAUCGCCUGUCCACUGAACCUCCAUUUACCAACGUUGGGCUGGACGUUUUUGGACCUUGGACAGUGUCUGCACGUCGUACAUGAGAU